AUGGGUUCAAAACGAACAAGUAAUGAUACAAAUGUUAAUGACGAGGAUAAAGAAAACUAUAAAAAAGUCCCUAAAGGCCUUUCUAAUAAUAAUAAAACGUCUCCAGGGGUAUUAUUAUUAUAUCAAGCAAAUGUAAUUGACAAUCCCGUUUUCGUUAAUAUGAAUUGUCUUACUAAUAUUACUCCAGUUACGUUUCCUGAUAAUGAUUAUCAUAGUGAUAAUACUGGUGUUAUAGCUGCAGAUAAUUUGAACUUGGAUAUGGAAGUAGAUCCGUAUCCUUCUGAAAAACCUGCUUUUACAGAAUUUUCCAACGUUAUCCCGGAUAACAGCACAGUUGUGGUAGAGAAUAUUACUGGAAUUGAGUCCAAUUUUAUUAUAGUGGACUUGACUAAUCAAAAAAAUAAAGGGAAAAAUUGUCCAGACUUUCAUACCGUGUCGACGCUUGAAGAUAAUUUAUAUGAACCUAAAUCUGGUAAUAAUAAUAAGAGAGAGAGCAGCGACAACCCUGAUUAUCAACCUGAAGUUGAUGAUAUCAAUGCUUACGUAUGUGAUAUAAAAGAUAAUCCUUUAAUUGCUAAAGAAGUAGAGGAUGAGGACAGUGACAGCAAUAUUGAAAUUAUUGAAACAGAAUACACGAAAAAGGGAGCUUUAAGAAAAAGAAAAAAGUAUAAAUAUUCAGUAACUGAAAGGAGAGAAAAGAGUAUGAAGAAGAUGAAAAGAAAACACAAUGUUCUUGAAGGAUGUGGAGAAACUUGUAGAAAAAAAUGUAGACAGAAUAUUAUACAUGAAAGAAGAAUUGACAUAAACAAACAGUUUUGGAAUAUGAACCGACAUGACCAAAAAAACUUUGUGAUGGGUUGCAUUGUAACUGGUAGAAUAAAAAGAAAAACUGUCGAAGAGUCGCGAAGAUUGUCAACGAAUAAGUACUAUCUGAAAAACGAAGAAGGGCAGUCUAUUCCUAUAUGUAAAACAUUUUUUUUAACAACAUUGGGUUAUAAAAAAAGCAACGAUAAAAUAAUAGAAAGUAUUAUGGAGAAAAACAAAAGCAUAGUUACUCCUAAGAAGGACAAAAGACGUGGAAAAAGCCCACCAAAUAAAAAAAAAUCAUGA